AUGAAACUGCACUAUAGGAGACCAUUUCAUAUACUAAGGAGGUUUAAUAGUGCCUCGGCAAGUGCUGCUUCUUGUACUACAAAGUUUGUGCCGUUAAUUGACAAUUACAAACGGUUAAGACAUAUCCAUUUCGAUGGUAUAACUCCAUUUGAGAGAGGUCAAGCUAUUCAAAAUAUGAUGGUGAAUGCCAAUGUUGAUUUCAAGAAGAUCGAAAGUAAGAUAAAGAAACAACAACACGAGGCAGCAUCCCAGGGUAUGGUGUUAAAUGACUAUGAGGAUGAACUUUUGAAGAAGAUACUACUGAUGAAACCAGUACCUACUUUGUUAACUUUUGAAUUUGAAAAUGUUUACACUGGAGGUAAGAAAUUAAAACAAGAUCCAACAUUACCUGAAAAGAUCAAACAAUUUGAUGCAGUUGGUUGUAAAUAUUAUCAAUUGGAAAGAGGUGGCCAAAUUACCUGGCAUGGAAAAGGACAAUUAGUGGCAUAUCUUAUCUUGGAUUUAAAGCUGUUCAAAAACUUAACUGUAAGAUGCUUCGUUGAUUCAGUGUUAUUGAAGUCAGUGCAGAACUUAUUGACGAAGAAUUAUAGUUUAAAGAGCUAUACAAAUGAAAACCCAGGUGUUUGGAUAGAGAAGAACAAUUUAAAAAUCGCUAGUGUUGGUUGUAAUAUUCAAAGGGCAAUUACGUCGUAUGGGAUUGGGUUGAAUGUUUCGCCAGAUUUAAAUUUCUUGAAUACAUUUGAAAUGUGUGGAUUACCAAAUACUACAGCUACUUCAAUAAGUACAUUAAAACCAGAUUUAGACACUCCAUCAAUCAAAGAGGUUGGCGAUCAGUACGCCAAAGAAGUUGCAAAGUUGUUGAACAUCAACUUAGUCGAACAUUUAAGCGGGAACGACCUUAAACUUGAAAAUGAUGAGCAAUAG